UUUUUUUUAUUAUUAAAAAUGCUUCCAGUAAAUACGUUGGAAAUUUAUAUCCUUUCUUCAUAUAAUUUCAUACUCUUUUAACCUACACAAAUAAUCUCAUUUCAUUUCCUGCUUUAUUUGUAGCCAAUAGCAGAUGCGUACAGUAAUUAAGUUACUUUUUAAAUGACUGUUUAUUUUGCAGUGAUGCGGUUUUCCUAUAAUGUUUGUGGUUGGAGUUUUUUUUUUUUUUUUUUUUUGCCCGUAAUGUCAGUUUUCAAGUUUCUGUCUAAUAUGUCUGUUCUCAUAUGUCUGUUCUAUGAGGAUAACAUUUUAAUGGUAUAUAAGCGUAAAUAUAAACGUAAGUGAAUCCUCUUUUUCACAUUUGGCUUUGUUUACUAUGUUGUGACUGUGCCAGUUAGUGAGAGAGAGAUAUAUAUAUAUAUAUUUGCAGCUACUUUAUUAAACAAAAGGCACACAGGGAUAACUAAACGUAACUUCAACCAGGAACAGAAACCAAACUAAAUGUGACAAUUACAAGUGCAACACAAGAAUUGAAAUCACCUACACUGUAUAACAUUGCAAUGAAAACUGCCUAAUAAACAUUUUAAAAAAUGUCUUAAGGAAGGAGGAGAAAGUGUGCGUGUGUGUGUGUGUGCAUGUGCGUGUGAUUGCAUGGGAGUUCAACUUGUGCAGUCUACCUCAGGAAGUGGCUUACCUAAAGUGUUGACUCCGGAAACCUAUGCUUUAAACAUCAGUGUAAACUCUACAAGUGCAUAACUAGUGAUUGCCACACAUCACUCGCCAUGAGUCAACCUUCCAUGUGGUAGUUAAAUAUCCAGAUUUCACCAUGUACCCAAGGGUCAUCCUAAAGGAAACGCUGUUCAAGAAAUCACAGCAGAAGAGAAGGACUUCGCCGUGCAAUUACAAGGAGAGGAUUUUUGUGCUAAACACACAGGAUCUAACAUACUUCGAAAAUCGUCCUGGGAAAAAGCCAACUCAGAAAGGCUGCAUCGAACUGUCUCAUAUCAAGUGUGUGGAGAUCGUUCGCAGUGAUGUUCCCAUUCCCUGCGAUUACAAGUACCCUUUCCAGGUCGCCCAUGACAGCUACUAUCUGUAUGUGUUUGCUCCAGACAACGAUUGCAGGUUAAAAUGGGUCAGAGCUCUGAAAGAAGCGACACAAAAUAACAACUUAUUUCUGAAAUACCAUCCCGACUUCUGGGUAGAAGGGAAAUGGAGAUGUUGUCAUCAGACCGAGAAGCUGGCGGCGGGAUGCAGCGAAUACUAUCCCAAUGGAGCCAAACCUCUUCCCCCAACUCCAGAUCCCACGCGCCGAUCUUCAGAUCCAGAGGACAGGAUUGUUGUAGCUUUGAGGAAUUUCAACCCUGUAGAAGAUACAGACCUGCCUCUGCAUAAAGACGACGAGUAUUUUGUCCUUGACAGUUCAGAACCAAACUGGUGGACUGUGAGGGACAAAAACGGAAACGUUGGCACGGUGCCGUGUAUAUAUAUCGCAGAAAAAGCAUCUAACAACAUAGAUAAAUUUGAAUGGUACAAUAAAGACAUGACUCGGACCGAGGCGGAGAGCUUACUGAUGAGAGAGAACAAGGAUGGGGGGUUCAUGGUUCGUGACUCUAAACACCCAGGUGUAUACACCGUGUCAAUAUUUUCCAGAGUCUCAGGGACUGAUGGAGAGAGGUAUCCUCGAGUGAAGCACUAUCAGAUCAAAGUACAAAAAGAAGGUGAAAAGGUCAUGUAUUACUUGGCCGAGAAAUACGUGUUCCCGACCAUUCCAGAGCUCAUCCGCUAUCAUCAACACAAUUCAGCAGGUUUAAUAACCAGACUGAGACAUUGCGUGUCUAGAAAUGUCACAAACACAAGCAUCAAGGAGUUGUCAUCAGAUAAAUGGGAGAUUCACCCUGAUGAACUGACAUUAAGUGAGGAACUGGGCAGUGGACAGUUUGGCUUGGUCUGGAAGGGAAGCUGGAAUGACAUGCAGGUGGCGGUUAAGACUGUCCGAGAGGGUUUCAUGUCAGAGGAGGAGUUUAAGGAAGAAGCACAAGUGAUGAUGAAACUGUCUCACAAUAAGCUGGUCCAGUUGCACGGCGUGGUCACUCAGCGCUCACCCAUGUAUCUGGUAUUUGAAUUCAUGGAGAACGGCUGCCUGACGGACUUCUUGCGUGCCAGGAAAGGCAGUUUCUCCCAGGAGUUCCUGCUGGGGAUGUGUUUGGAUGUGAGUGAGGGGAUGGCCUACCUGGAAAGCUCCAACUUCAUCCACAGAGACCUGGCUGCAAGAAAUUGUUUGGUUUCUGAAGAUAACGUGGUGAAGAUAUCAGAUUUUGGAAUGACGAGGUUUGUCCUAGAUGAUCAAUACACCAGUUCUAUUGGGUCCAAAUUUCCAGUGAGAUGGUCCUCUCCAGAAGUGAUCAAAUUUGGGAAGUAUAGCAGUAAAUCAGACGUGUGGUCAUUCGGUGUGUUCAUGUGGGAGGUGUACAGCGAGGGUCGUGUGCCCUAUGAUAGCCGUAGUAAUGCAGAGGUAGUGGAGACCCUAAAUGCAGGACUGCGGCUCCUGAGACCCCGGCUCUGUCCACAGAGUGUGUACGGGUUAAUGCAGUGGAGCUGGAAAGAGAAACCUGAGGAUCGGCCCUCGUUUGCUCUGCUCCUGCAUGAACUGGCCUGCCUUGAACAAGAACCUUGAUUCGGAUCACAUCCUUUCCUGGGCUGGGUUAUAGGGAUAGUUGGCUCAAAAAUGACAUUUUGUCAUCAUUUAAUAACUGUCAUGUCGUUUCAAACCUGUUUUGUGAAAAAGGUGAAUUUUGAAAAAGCUUUGCAUAGCUGUUUUCAAUAUAUGUAAGUUUGUGUUUGACCAAACAG